AUGGCGGAGGCCUAUCGCGACCAACCGCUUGACAAGCUGGAGACUACCGAAGGGUAUUUGAUAACUCCAUGGGAAGCCCGUAUUGACACAGUAGUCGAAGACGACGCGGUCAAGGCCACCGAAGCAAUCCAGUCCGGGUGGGCAGUGAGGAUAGCGACGGCAAGUUCGGCAAGAAACGGGGUUGUAGGCUACGGAACGGCCACAACGCUGCCUGUAUCACUCAGAGGGGGCGGCGGCGUGAUAACGGCCUCGCGCACAUUCGGCCAGAGAACGGAGCAGAACCCGUAUGUGGCAGAGCUAGCGGCGCUGGCAGAAGCG